AGAGGGCAGCCAGCCUGCGGCCGUGAGUCCGCUGUGGUCGCCGCCGCGCGCGGUUCCGUGCUCGCCAGAGGUGGGCGAAAGGGUGCGAGAGCGCGGGGGAGGAGCCGAGCAGGGCACGUCCCGAGAGCGUCGCCACCGCCCCCAGGAGUCCACUGGAGCGCGGAGCCCCCUGCAGGGGAGGAGGCGAGCGGCGGGCGGGACGCGGCGGCCGGCGCUCACCAUGCAGUCCCGGCCGGGCCAGCGCCGGCUGCUCGCGGUGCUGUGAGGCGGAGGGGUCCCACGGCCCCCGCCUCCUGCCUUCCUCCCGCCCAGGUGCUGCCAGGCGCGCUCGCCCUCCGUCCGGCUCCCGGCCCCGGGGAGAACGCACGGCCUGCCCCUGCCCGGCUCCGUCUGGAUCAUGCGGGGGGCUCCUGAGGAGGAGAGGGCGAGUGACUGGCCUGCGCCGCCCCUUUUCUGGGGGCGCUCCCCACUCUGAGUCGCCCCCACCUGCUGCCAUGUGCCGCUGCCACGGGUGCCCAGCCUGUCGCUAAACUUUCCCGGCGCCAGCCCGGCUCUGAGUCGCGCUUCUCAGCGGAGUGACCCAGGGACGGAGGACCCAGGCUGGCUGGGGACUGUCUGCUCCUCUCGGCGGGAUCCGUGGAGAGUCCUUUCCCUGGAAUCCGAGCCCUAACCGUCUCUCCCCAGCUCUAUCCGGCGAGGAGCGGAGCGCUGCCAGCGGAGGCAGCGCCUUCCCGAAGCAGUUUAUCUUUGGACGGUUUUCUUUAAAGGAAAAAGCAACCAACAGGUUGCCAGCCCCGGCGCCACACACGAGACGCCGGAGGGAGAAGCCCCGGCCCGGAUUCCUCUGCCUGUGUGCGUCCCUCGCGGGCUGCUGGAGGCGAGGGGAGGGAGGGGGCGAUGGCUCGGCCUGACCCAUCCGCGCCGCCCUCGCUGUUGCUGCUGCUCCUGGCGCAGCUGGUGGGCCGGGCGGCUGCCGCGUCCAAGGCCCCGGUGUGUCAGGAAAUCACGGUGCCCAUGUGCCGCGGCAUCGGCUACAACCUGACGCACAUGCCCAACCAGUUCAACCACGACACGCAGGACGAGGCGGGCCUGGAGGUGCACCAGUUCUGGCCGCUGGUGGAGAUCCAAUGCUCGCCGGACCUGCGCUUCUUCCUAUGCUCCAUGUACACGCCCAUCUGUCUGCCCGACUACCACAAGCCGCUGCCGCCCUGCCGCUCGGUGUGCGAGCGCGCCAAGGCCGGCUGCUCGCCGCUGAUGCGCCAGUACGGCUUCGCCUGGCCCGAGCGCAUGAGCUGCGACCGCCUCCCGGUGCUGGGCCGCGACGCCGAGGUCCUCUGCAUGGAUUACAACCGCAGCGAGGCCACCACGGCGCCCCCCAGGCCUUUCCCAGCCAAGCCCACCCUUCCAGGCCCGCCACGGGCGCCGGCCUCGGGGGGCGAAUGCCCCGCUGGGGGCCCGUCCGUGUGCAAGUGUCGCGAGCCCUUCGUGCCCAUUCUGAAGGAGUCACACCCGCUCUACAACAAGGUGCGGACAGGCCAGGUGCCCAACUGCGCGGUACCCUGCUACCAGCCGUCCUUCAGUGCCGACGAGCGCACGUUCGCCACCUUCUGGAUAGGCCUGUGGUCGGUGCUGUGCUUCAUCUCCACGUCCACCACAGUGGCCACCUUCCUCAUCGACAUGGAACGCUUCCGCUAUCCUGAGCGCCCCAUCAUCUUCUUGUCAGCCUGCUACCUGUGCGUGUCGCUGGGCUUCCUGGUGCGCCUGGUCGUGGGCCAUGCCAGCGUGGCCUGCAGCCGCGAGCACAACCACAUCCACUACGAGACCACGGGCCCUGCACUGUGCACCAUCGUCUUCCUCCUGGUCUACUUCUUCGGCAUGGCCAGCUCCAUCUGGUGGGUCAUCCUGUCGCUCACCUGGUUCCUGGCCGCUGGCAUGAAGUGGGGCAACGAGGCCAUCGCGGGCUACGCGCAGUACUUCCACCUGGCUGCGUGGCUCAUCCCCAGCGUCAAGUCCAUCACGGCACUGGCGCUGAGCUCCGUGGACGGGGACCCAGUGGCCGGCAUCUGCUACGUGGGCAACCAGAACCUGAACUCGCUGCGCGGCUUCGUGCUGGGCCCGCUGGUGCUCUACCUGCUGGUGGGCACGCUCUUCCUGCUGGCGGGCUUCGUGUCGCUCUUCCGCAUCCGCAGCGUCAUCAAGCAGGGCGGCACCAAGACGGACAAGCUGGAGAAGCUCAUGAUCCGCAUCGGCAUCUUCACGCUGCUCUACACGGUGCCCGCCAGCAUUGUGGUGGCCUGCUACCUGUACGAGCAGCACUACCGCGAGAGCUGGGAGGCGGCGCUCACCUGCGCCUGCCCAGGCCCCGACGCCGGCCAGCCGCGCGCCAAGCCCGAGUACUGGGUGCUCAUGCUCAAGUACUUCAUGUGCCUGGUGGUGGGCAUCACGUCGGGCGUCUGGAUCUGGUCGGGCAAGACGGUGGAAUCGUGGCGGCGUUUCACCAGCCGCUGCUGCUGCCGCCCGCGGCGCGGCCACAAGAGUGGGGGCGCCAUGGCCGCCGGGGACUACCCCGAGGCGAGCGCCGCGCUCACAGGCAGGACCGGGCCGUCGGGCCCCGCCGCCACCUACCACAAGCAGGUGUCCCUGUCGCACGUGUAGGAGGCUGCCGCCGAGGGACCCGGCGGGAGAGCUGAGGGGAGGGGGGCGUUUUGUUUGGUAGUUUUGCCAAGGUCACUUCCGUUUACCUUCAUGGUGCUGUUGCCCCCUCCCGCGGCGACUUGGAGAGAGGGAAGAGGGGCGUUUUCGAGGAAGAAUCUGUCCCAGGUCUUCUCCAAGGGGCCCAGCUCACGUGUAUUCUGUUUUGCGUUUCUUACUGCCUUCUUUAUGAGAACCCUCUUUUUAAUUUAUAUGUAUUUUUCUUAAUUUGUAACUUUGUUGCAUUUUGGCAACAAUUUACCUUUGCUUUGGGGGCUUUACAAUCCUAAGGUUGGCGUUGUAAUGAAGUUCCACUUGGUUCAGGUUUCUUUGAACUGUGUGGUCUCAAUUGGGAAAAUAUAUUUCCUAUACGUGUGUCUUUAAAAAAAAAUGUGAACAGUGAACGUUUCGGUUGCUGUGACUGGGAAGUUGUUGGGUGUGCUUUUUCAGCCAGCUUCUCCUUCCACUGCUUGAAGUGUCCAUGAUUCUUUAAGGUGAGCUGCAGUUUAUAGCCCCAGGUCAUACCUAGGAGGGGAGCAUAAUGUGCUCAGGGCCUCCCCAAAGUGACAAGGUUAGGGAGUGCUUAGCGAUUUUGUGUUCAGCCUUAGCUUUGUUUAUAGAAGGAGGUUCAGUUUCUUUUCUGUAGUGCUUGUAAUAAUUCUCACUCCUAACAGCACCAUCGUUGUGUCUUGAAUAAGUUAGAGGUAGCAUUAUAGAGGAUCUGGCAUAAAUAUUUGCAAUAGUGAGAGCCUAAGGGAUGGUGAUUGGUGGAGCUUGAAUUUUAGGCUGGUGAGAUGGCAGCUUUGUGCCUGAGAGGUAGUGGGCGGUUCUUAGGCUUCAGUGAUCCCCCCACCUUUUUUUUUUAAAGGAACUUAUGUUGUAAUUUUGGUAAAAGUAUAAACCCACUCCCUCUGGACAGUACUUAGCAAUAGUUGCUAAAGGGGGCUCCUUUUUAAAUGUAAGGACUGAAAUGGAUAUACUUCUAAUAAUUAAAGUAAAUUUCCAACACUUAUUUUCUCCACCCCCUCACCCCUCCCCCUUUAUCAUGUUAAACAGCCUUUUUGCUUUUCUUAUUCCUCCUCUCCUGGAGAGCUGUGAUUAGAAACCACACCCACCCUUGAAUGAAGUGCUUGAACUGGGGGAGGGAGGCUGGCUACCUGUGAACAAACAUUGGCCCAAAUAAGGGAAAAUAAGUGUCCCUGGACUUUGGACUAGUUUAUAGCCAGAUAUUCCGAGAGCAGCAAGACGUUGCUCUCUGCCGUCUCUGAAAACAAAAGAGACGCAUAACAUGCUUGCACAACCUUUUAAAAUAUAGAUCAGUGUAGUGCUACCUCUAUAGUUUUCUUCCUCUUCUGAGAAAGCCUGUAUAUUGAUGAUCACACACACACACACACACAGUUUGCAAUUAGAGAAUUUGGUUUGCUUUACUAAUCUGUUUAACUAUUUCUUCAUUCAUUAUGACCGCUUAUAUUGAUGAACACACACACAGAGGUUUCUUUGCUAUUAGAAAAUUCUGUUUGCUUUCCUAAUCUGUUUAAGCAUUCAUUCAUGAAGAGUGUGGGGCCAUUACUGGGGAAGGGGGGUGACAGUGCCUCAGCCAGCAAAACACCAAUGACCAGGACUGGGGACUAAAUUUAGGAAGCUAAAAUGGCCAGAGCAAUUAACAUUUGAGAAAGUCCUGUCUAGGAAAACAACUGGAGUGUAGGCAUUUGUAAUUCAUUUAUACCAAAGUUGGAAAAGUAAAAUUUAAGCCUAGGUCAAUUUUUACUUCAUGGAUGUUAAAUAGACAAAUGCAUAGUUCCCAAGGGGAAUUUAAACACUUUACAGGUGGGAAGAAACCUAGUAUUAAAGUUUUAAGGACUCUCAAAAACUUCACAUUUAUUAAAAUGCACUGCUCUUACCCAAUUUAGCCUCUGAAUCAAAAUUUCAGUGGAUUCUACAAAACCUCAUACAAAUAGCUACAGAACUUUGUGCCUAUUUUAUUCCUCUAUUUAUUCUUCUAGGAAGAAGCCUCUUCCUAGAAUCUUGAAAUAGAUCCCUUGACUGAAUGCCAAUUCCUCUCCUGUUUUUCAAAUGAGAGAACCUUUUCUGAUCACCUUGACCUUUUCCCUCAUUUCAUAUGUCUUCCCAGAAAGUACACAGACAGCUCUGCUGCCUUCAGUCGUUGUGCCUCAUUUGGGUUGUCCCUCCUUCUUUGUGGAGAAAUCUAGAAAUGAUGCGCAGUGUAUCCAAAAGUUGUGGGAUGAAGUGGAUGAAAGUGAUUUAAUUCAUUUUUAGAAUUUGUUUUUUUUCAUUUUAGCAACAUGCUGAACAACUAAUUUACUUUAAAAAUAAGCCAGUUAAAGGACGCUAAGCCCAAGUGGGGGGGCAAUAUUAGUCAGGAUCUUUGGGGUCUAAUUCCAGACCAACUUUCAGAGGCACUUCUUUGUCUCUGUUCUCACCUCUGCUGUCCCUCUCUUCCCUCAUCCCCUAAGAGAGACAAAGAUAAAAGCCCACCUGCUUCCCUAAGUCUUACUGAGAUCAGCCACCCCAGGGGAGAGAAACGGCCACCCCGUUUCCAUCCAUAUACUUAAUUCCCCCAAUUUGCAUGUGAUUAUGGCAACAAGUCAUGCUCAUGAAAACAACUGUAAAAUAAAAGGUUAUGGAAUAGUUCAGCAACUUCUUCACAGCCAGCUUUGUGGAGCUGGGGAGGACUUAGGGCCCAUUGGAGUCUCUUAUGUGUACAGCUUCAGGGCUGUCCCUUUCAGUUUGAUUUUAAGCAAUGCCUCACUUCCUAGUUUGGGGGGUGAGGAUUCCAUUCAGGUAGGUUGUCUAAAGGAACUAAUGGGACCUCUCAGUGAAUCAGCUGACCAGAUUUUAGGAAAUCUUUUUAAUGAUUUCCCUUCUCACAUUUUCUAUGAUUUCCCUUCUUACAUUUUGAAAUGGUAAAAUUGACUGGAAAUAAUUUUUCUUGGUGCCUUAUUGGUUUAUCCUUGCAAACCUUUGUCAUAUUUUCUCACGACCAUUGCCAGUGACCAAGGCCCAUGUGUGUGUUGUGUGUAAUUGUGCGCAUGUACAAGCUUAAAUAACGUGCCGACAGCACUGUUUCAAAGUUGGUAUUCAUUAGGCUGUUUCCUCCUGGGCUGGAGCUGCACUAAUCCUGACACCGGCUGCCAGGAGAAAACCUCAUGGAUCACACACCAAACCUUAAUAACAGCAUCCGUGACCUGCACUCUCCAGUACAGAAUGGGAACCCCAGAGCUAGGAAAUGUAGUUGUAUAUUUUAAUGAACUGCUACCCCAGCCAAAGAAGCUUCUUUCACUUUUGUGCUCUACAGAAAGCCCAAGGGGGGUAGGAGGGACAAAGCUUUGAAUAACUGCUUUCUAACACUAAAUGUGGCCAACAGGACAGAGCACAUCACACAUAUAGGCAGGUGUGAGGGACAGUGGCUAAGAAUUGCCUGCUCCCUCUGCAUGCUCUUUCUUGUUUCCAAAGUCCAAUCAAGUGAUCCUGGGAAAGAAAUCUGUCUGGAUUGGGGAGGGCGGUUCUGAAAGAACUGCCAAGACAUUAAAGAAGGGUGAAGAGUAGGCAGAAUAUAAGUAGCUAACCUGAGUCAAGACUCUCAAAAGCUAGCAGCCUGAUGACAAUAGGAUUUAUUUCAGCCAGGAUAAUGUCUGUCUGUGAGUGCAUCAUUUUAAGACAGUAUGACUUCAUGUUGUUACAAACUAUGUAUAGUAUGUAUGUUUUGUGGGUUGUGUAUAUACAUAAUAUAUAUUAUAUAUAUAUAUGAGAGAUUUGGUGACUUUUGAUACGGGUUUGGUGCAGGUGAAUUUAUUACUGAGCCAAAUGAGGCACAUACCGAGUCAGUAGUUCAAGUCCAGGGCAUUCAAUACUUUUUAUGAUUUCCAUAUAUGUAUAGUGCCUAUCCCAUGCUGUAGUCACUGUUAUGUUAAAUCCAGAAGUUACACCAGAGCCAGCGAUACUUUAUUUGUAGACAAUCAAUUUGAAUCCAUAUGUUAUUACUGGAAGAUGAUACAUGAUUACAGUCCUGAAUCUGUAACACUUACAAAAGGAAACCCAGAGCAGCUUGAUGAGUUUUUGUUUCUGCUUCGUUCCUGGGAGUCAGUAGAAACAGCAGUUGUGUGUGGUUAUGUUAGUCUCAAGAUACUUAAUUUGUUGACCUUACUUCAGAAAAAUUUUGUAUGUAUUAUAUUUGUGGGAAGGUAAAAUAAUCGUUUGAGAUUUUUAUCAAAUAUGAAGAUUAGUUAUUUAUGAAAAACAAAGAAAUGUCUAUUUUUCUUUGUUCCCAAUUAAUGUAGAUAAAUUUUAAAACACAUUAAAGUAAUGGUAAAGACAAUAAAAAGAUGCUGUA